CGUCGCGUAGACAUGUAGCGCAUAUAUCAUGCACACUCGAAUUUGAUGAGACGUGAUGAACCUGUCCGUUUGAUUACACUGUCUAACAUGCUGAAUAACUGCAGGAUUACUUUUGUGGAAAAGGGCAGGAUUUUGAUUUAUGAGGGAAAUGCUUGGAUAAAAACAACUACAGCAACAUCACAGCCCAGUGUGUCAGUGUCGGAAAAUCAGGUUCCUGUUAUGACAAGGUAAUUUACCAGGUGGGAAGGACCUCCAGAGGUCGGAGGCAGGUACUUGGACAUCCAGUUUCCCACAUUCUUGGAGAACCCACCUGUCGUCACAACAUGCUGUCAUACCGACAAUGGGUGCGGGUCGCAGAGUCCUCGCCUUGCUUGUCGCCACGUUUGCCUACUUGUUCAUCGGCGCCUCCAUCUUCUCAGCCAUUGAGUCUGCCCAUGAGGAGCAGAUCAGACUGGACCUCUACAAUCGUCUGGAAGCAUUCGCAGAGCGCAACCCUUGUGUCAAUGUCUCCGAGUUCCGAGACGUGCUGUCGGAGGUGUGGUAUGCUGCCUCCAUCGGUAUGGAGAGGAUGGUGGGACAGGAAAACUACACGUUACCAUCAUCCCGCUGGGAUCUGGCCAAUGCUUUCUUCUUCUCAGCUACUGUCAUAACUACGAUAGGGUAUGGCCACCUGUCGCCAGCCACUUCCUCUGGCCAGAAUUUUUGCAUAGCAUACGCUUACUUUGGCAUACCGCUCAUGGCUGUCCUGUUGUCGGAGAUCAGCUCCAAGUGGAAGCAGCGUCUGAUAAAUGUCGGGCAUAAUCUGGAUACACGUCUAGCCAAUGCCUUGAAGCGCGACAGGGUGCGCCGGGUGGCCAUCGCCAUCCUCCUGGUCAUACCAGCGUACGUGAUUGUCAUUAUCAUCCCUGCCACUGUGUUCUCGUACAUCGAGGGGUGGGACUUUCUGGUGGCUCACUACUAUUGCUUCAUUUCACUGAGCACCAUUGGGCUCGGUGACUUUGUUGCCACUCAACAUGACUACGAGAACAGAGCCCUCAUAUGGCUGUAUAAGAUAUGCACCACCCUCUACUUGAUCGCGGGGCUGGGUGUCAUGGCUAUUGUGUUUCAUGGAGUACGGACAAAGAAGAGAAAGCCUACUCAGUACACUUUCCGACAGAAGUUUGUAAACAUUUUGAGGAAGCGCCGAAAACCCUGGCUGGAGAUUAUGGACGACCAGGCCGAUGCUAUAGCCGAGAGUUUCCCAGUAGAAGGUGGUGUUAUUUCUUCAGCAGUUGCAGCAGCCGCUGUAGCUGUAACAGUCAACACGCCCAACAGUAGCGAACCAACUCCCCCACAAAAUGAUCUUGACUCCUGUGGAUUGUCAUCAGAUAACAACGACAGUGACAAUGAUUUUGAUGACGAGGAUUCCUUAGACGAUCAGUGCCGAUCUCAGCAUUUCCCACAAAUCCACAAAGAAAACAACACAGAUGAUAUUCAUCACAAAAUGAGGCAAUCGGGUGACUUCUUGGAUCCUGCAAGUGAAGAGAACUCACCUUUUACAUUCCGGAGUAUUAUUGCCAACAGUCACACUUCCAUUUCGGCUGACGUAGAUUCCGACGAAAAUGAAGAAGGACCCCAAAGGCGGAAAGCUUUCAAUGAUAUUGACAAUCCCAAGCAUUCGCGAAAGUCGAGUCUCCCGCAGAGGCUGGACUUCCGUAACUUUGGAGCACACAGGAGAAGCAACGAUAGCACACCAGAGUUGAAUCGCACUCAGUCUCAAUCCCAAACACAGAAGAACCACCACAGUGAUGGCAAGACAGAAGGCGGGGCUUUGGCUUCUAAUUUGGCCAAGAAGAAACUCUGGAGUCCUUCAAGUAGUUACGCAGGUGAGGACUCCGGCAUUCAUGCAGCGUCCUCACAGAGUACAGUUGAAAUGGAAAGUACUGUUUGAGAUAGGCAAUCUUUGGACUGCCUGUUUUAGAUGUUACUGGUCACAGCACAUGCCAAGAACCUCCCUUGCACCAAAUGAGAGGUUCUUCAGGCAGAAACCUGUUGGGAAAGAGAAAAAAAUGAAGAAAUCUACAACGCUGCAAAUGGGGAUUCUCCUGGGGUUGUCAAGUUAUAAAAGUACAUCAAACUUUACUGUUGUCUUUGUACGACUGAUAUUGUACUGUUAAAUGGACUACAUGUACCAGGGGUACAUUCAUUAAAUAAAUAGUGUGGUACUGUAGUUGAUUGAGACCUUCACUUGGCCAGACACAGGACCAAUCGAAAGACCUGUCACAAGUAACAGCUAGCAAGGACAAAGGCAUACUUGUGUUCAUGUUCAUUUGAAUAGCUUGAGACGGUCUUGAGAGGCCUCGACUACGUCACUGACAUUAAAGUACAUGUAACAGUUGGCCAGUACUGCACAACAUCACGGUCAACAGACUGUCAUCCAUUCCCCCUAAAUAUGAACGUCUGCUACUGUGGAGCAGGUGAGGCAGCUUUGUGAUGUUUGUCAUUUCUACUCAUUCAAGUAGUGGUACAGGCUGGAAAAGGUCUGUGAGAGCAAUUUACUGCAAGUCAGUAGUACCUGCCAGUGCACUGCAGCUGGCGUGCAUUGGAGGACUCUUUGCAUUACCAGUGGAGUGAUUUUACUGCAGAGCCCAAUAGAAGUACAUGUAUCCAGUGUACUCAAGAGGAUUGUGGCAUGUGGCUAUGCUUAUCAGUGUAAUACACUAGCUGGAUUAAGUUGACCUCCAGUUUUCUUUGCAGUUCGUUGAAGUGUACACAGUUUCUCCAUUGAAGUGGUGUUGCCCUUAGUGGAGGGCGAUGUACAUGUAAUAAACAUAGCCACUUUUUUUAACAGGAAUAUUGGAGUGCAUUGGAGUGUAAACAAGAGCAAGGAGUAUGUACAAAUGUCAGACUGAUGUGAACCUGGUGCAUGUUGUUGGAAGGUCACAAACCUAAACCUCCACAUUGUUGACUGUGGAGUAAGUCCUAUCGCAGCGUGUGUGUGAAUGUACUAUGUGCACUUCUAGUGAUAAAGAAGCAUAUUUCAUGCCGAAUGCACAAUUCAGUGCUUAUUACCUUAAUUUAUUCCACUUUUUUAUUGAAGCAAAUGUGAGGUAUACAUGUACGUGUAAAUAUAUUUGCACAAAAUCACGUAUGAGUAGAUCAAUUACUGGGCUCAGAAUCUUUGGGGGGAAACACUGUCUGCGCUUUCACUUAAAACACACAAUUUGUAUGAAUAUUAAAGGAUUUUAAAUUGACACAAUUUUGGUAAUUUGAUAUGCAGAAAGACCACCAGGAGCAGUUUUUGUUAUUUUAAUACCAAAGCAAAUCUGCAUUUUUUGUUAUUGUAUUUUGUGAACGUUAUAUCUUUAGAAAACAAAUUCCAUUGAGGUCUCUGAUCAUUCCAAAUCAUCUCAAGUUUUGUUGCUGUUUUUACUUUAUAUUUUUGCAGAAGUACAGAUGUUUAUGUAAAGGUUGCAAAAUAAAUAUAAUGUACAGUUUAGAGUGCUUUUAAAUGCAAAUCAAUGCCAGCAAUUUUUGUAAUUUUGUUACCAAAGCCAACUUGACAAGAGCUUGAAUAUUUUUGUAAUUCCCCCAAAUACUUUCAGAAUAAUAACAAAUAUUUCAAAUCAUUCCUUUCAUACCAUGUGCUCAAGGUUUUUUUACUCAAUAUUUUUGUAGAAAUAGGCAUUUAUUUAAGGUUAUGAAAUACAUGUAAAUCAAUAUUAUUUAUGUACAUAUAAAGACAAAUACUGAUGCUUUCAGUGAGUUAUUUGAAGAAAAGUGUAACUUUCAUCUCAUUUAACAAAUUUUCAAAUGCUGGACUGACCGAAGUAUGCAGUUUUGUUGGAUUUUAAUGACUGUCUUUCAGCAAAGCCAAAUGCAUGAUUUUAUUGCAGCCUGUAUAAUCCAGAAAUAUUUUUAAAAGGGAAGUUUGCAAAUUGAAAUGAAUAUGCAACUACAUUGUACAAUUGGCAUGAUGUUGGACUGUGUAAAAAUUUAUACAAGUAUGUAUGAAAUUUGUGUUGCCAAGGAAAAAUGUGUAAGGACUGGACAUUGGCAGUACACGUCACUUGCAUCAUUAUUGCCUAAUACUAACUGUAUAGUAUUCACGAAAACUACACUUAUGCAAAUUGUAGUUCAAUACAUGUACAUGAAUAUAUAAAUGUAAAUUAAACAACUCCACACAAACUAAGUUGUAAUGUGUAAGGUGGCUCUAUUUACCUCAUUAGAAAGUAUGCACGUGCACAUAACAUUCUCCAGAAGCAGUCAUUCAUUAGCAUUAGGAUAGAGAAUGGGUGCUCUUAGAAGUGUAUGACUCAUUCUGUGCACAGUCCAAAGCUGGUAUUUAGAGUAUGUCGAAAUGAACCGCCAGAAACUUGCCAGUAACCUGCAGUGAUACCUGUAACAUUUUACCAUUCCAAUUUAUCUGUCUUUUUGUGUAAAUACAAAAAUACCUAAAUAAACACAUUAUAGUGUAGAUGUACAUGUAUACAUGUUAUUGAUUAUGCAUCCCAGAGCCACUGCCAAGUCUACCGUACUGUUCACAUCUAGAGGUACAUGUAGAAGCUUCAAGGAACAUUACCACGUAUAAUGAAUGGACGAGGGUGCAUACGUGUACAUGCACGGUGUACAUGGAUAUGGACAUGUUACGUACAUUGUGAGAAGGGCUUGACAAAUGCAUUGCACUACAUUAUGUGGUAAAUGCCACACAUGCAUGUAAUUGCAUGCUAGCAAACUGUUACAGCAAAUGGCGGGUGGAGUGGGUUAGAUAUAUCAGUAAGCUCUUUUUUCAGAAAAAUGUUACUUUUUUGUGUGAGUUAACGGCCCAGAACUACUUGUCAGUCAAUGUAGAGUUUUGAUACUAUUUAAUGUUGCAGUAAAUAAUAAUAGAGUAAUAAAAAAAUAACCUUUUUUUUAAUUAAGAUAUAAAUCUAGGAAAUUUUAUGUUGGCCUUUUGGAGGUACAUGCACAUAUACAUGUAUUGGGUUUUUUUGUCCAACCAUUUUUUAAUAUCAGCCUUUUUUUUUUUAAUAAACAAAAAGGAAAACCUGAGAGGCAAAAAUGUCCAGUAUAAAAGUGAAGUGCAAUACAAAUUUUGGAGAUUUGUAAUUUUAUCCGAAGACCACUUAUGCGUGGUUCCUGCUGAUCAUUGGUUUGUAACAGGCGUGCACACCAAGCCAUGAAGUUAGUUUGUGGGUGUUCCUUGAACUGCUGGAGAUUUUUGAAGUAAUUGUGAGGACUGCUCUUUGCAUGCAAUGAAUUAUUUAAGUACUGAAUCUAAUGUAAAUCCAAUUACAAAAUACAAACGUACAGUUGAGGGCGGGGAUAUCUAUACAACUAGUGGAUCUUUAGGAGUGUCUAAAGCCCUACCCACUGGUAAAACUGUUUCCCCUUUUUUUUCUUUUUUUUUUACUGGGAAAUGGGGCAGGGACCAGUCAAGUGAAAUCAACAUCUAGUCAACACUUACAGUUGAAUAGAACAAUAGAACAUGAUGUGAUCGACAACGCACCAAUCAGAUGACAGAUUUAUGCAGGUACUGUAUGCAUAUACAUGUACUAUGUAUUAAGUACGGUACAUUGUGUGGGUAGAUUCAGAUUUGCUUAAGAGGGGGCUGAACUUAGGUUACUGCUUCUGCGACCCACCCUUGUGUGGUAUUAUGUUGACAUUUCAUUUUUAUACAUGUAGGAAAGCACUGAAUGCUAUUUGCAUAGAAUUAAACACUGCCAUUUGAGUUGUGAUCAUUCCAAAUCUGUUCAUUUCUUAGCGAUACAGUUUAGUACCAGUUAACUACCUGACCACAUGUAAUUUAUGUGAUUUGUUACUUUGUGAUAGUUCAAUGUAUUUUGGUAUAUUCUAUACUGGCUUUUUUCAUUGGACAGAAAUGCUGUCAUUUACUAGUUAUACCUUGCACAGUAUAUCUAUAUUAAGCACAUAUCAACACUUUGUACAAGUUUCCCUCAAAAAUAAAAAGAUAACCCUCCUAGUUCAUUUCUCCA